ACCUGUGGUGUACAAAUGGGGUAUAUUUGUUGGUGUAAGUGUAGCAUGGUCCAUAUCUCUAUCGCACAUUAUACUGAUUUCUGAGUUCUUUUUCAUUUCCUGAAACGCUAGGGCUAGGUUCUCAAAUCUCAAUCAGAUCUCUGCGAAGAUGGCGAUGAGGAACUUCUACAACGAGAUAAAGGGAAUGAGGGUGAAGGAAUUGCCGGCGCACCUGAAACCGAUGCUCUCCAUCAACUACGCAAGGAGUGCUUUCAAGAGGGGAUUGGAUAAUUACCAUGCCAAGUAUAUCGAGACCAGCUCCGCCGAUCCUGUGUAUCAUGUGUGUUUCGGAGGCAUGCUCCUUUCUUACCUCCUCGCUCUCCCGGAGGAGCGCCGUCAUCUCGCGCAUCAACAGCACGCCAAGGAGCACGGCGGCCACUGAUCCCAUUCGCGUUUCGUGUCUGUCCCCUUUCCUCAAAGAUCGUGCAAAGCUUGAGAGGUUGACUUCAGUGACAAGAAUUGAAUUGUGUGUUGUGUGUUUUUUUUUGCUUCAAUUCAUAUGGACAAUAACUGAAGUCAUACAAUGUUGGAUCAUAAAAAUAAAUUUCUGAAAAUUUGAAUCGUGCUGAAUAUUUCGGUUUCAUGAUUUCUGUAAUGUGAUUGUGCUUAAAUUAAAUUGUGCCUUUUAGA